AUGAAUUAUGGAGUUUGUGUUCGAGGUUCGGUAGAUUCGGAGUUCUACGGUCUUAUAAAUGAGAUAUUUAUGAUUGAAUAUCACGGUGCUGUCGAUCUGAAAACUAUAGUCUUUCGGUGUUCAUGGUUUGAUCAAACCAUCGGACGAGGAAUGCGAAGACACCCUUCUGGGAUUGUUGAUAUAUGUCCGAAGAGACGCUACGGAAAGUAUGAUCCUUUUAUUGUAACUGAUCAAGCAGACCAGGUUUGUUUUAUUCCUUACCCUCGUAUAAAACCUAGCAACGAAGAGUGGUGGGUUUGUGCAAAAGUCAUCCCACGUGGUGUUAGAUCUAAUUCUCCGCAACUUAUCGAGUCAGCUUUACAAGAUGAGAGUUACAAUGAGAUCGUCGUACCCGCAAACCUAUUACAUGUGACGGAACAUGUAGUUGAUGCUGAGAUUGACGAAGAAAUGGAGUUGGAUGAUCCACCAAUAGUUGAAGAACCUACUAUUGAAGAUCACUAUGAAACACCAAGUGAAGGUUCUUAUUAUGCCGAGUCUGAAUGA